GCACUGAACGUUGAAAUCGUUGGCUGGAGUAGUUAGAGACCAACCGAGUAUCGAGUCAAACAGUCAAUAACAGUUCUCAGCUGACAUCGCGUGGGUAAACGUUACCAUCAAAGAGCCUCCUUUUUUCUGAUGUAAUUAAUGGACUUUUCGAAACAACAAUGAUUUCGAUAACCACUGUUGUGUUUGUGGUGGUCUUAUUAUCUGGCUCAGUCCUAGUAGCAGACGCUGCCGGUACGAAAUUUUUGACAUCGAACAAGUCUUUUUUCAACUUGGACCGCGAGGCCGAGUCGUCCCCAGGGGCAGCAGCGGGCCAGCAGCGGGCCAGGAGGCAGGCCACUUCAGCGGACCUCUCGGCGGACGAGAUUGCUGCGUACCUGGACAAGCACAACGAGCUCCGGGGCCAGACCGUGCCACAAGCCGCCAACAUGAAAUACAUGACUUGGGAUGACGACCUGGCCACCAUGGCCCAGCAGUGGUCGGAUAUGUGUAUCUGGGAUCACGGUCAGCCAGACAACAUUAGCCCGUUCAGCAGCCUGGGCCAGAACCUGUACAUCACCAGUGGCGGCACGUCUACCAAACGGAUCGACGGGGCCGGUCCCGUACAGUCCUGGUAUAACGAAGACCAGUACUACACGUACGAUUCCAACUCGUGCCAAACCAACAAGGUUUGCGGGCACUAUACACAGGUUGUGUGGGCAAGCAGCUACGCAGUGGGUUGUGCGCAAGCGUACUGCCCUACGGCCACCGGAAUCUCCUGGUCAAACACCAUAAUUGUCACCUGCAACUAUGGACCUGCUGGGAAUUACCCCACCCAGCCCUUCAUAUCUGGCACGCCAUGCACACAGUGUGACUCGGGUAUAGGACAGUGCUACGGAAACCAAUGCCGUCUGUGCUCAACACACAGCGAAGCAUGUGUUUGUGCACAGGUUUGUGAUAACUGUGGGACCCUGGACAGCAGUGCGUGUACCUGCACCUGCCCGAACGGCUUCUACGGCGCCGAUUGCAGCGUGGUUUGCGAGAACACCCAUCAAUACUGUGGCGCCAAUCCCGGUUGGCCUACAUCUUGGUGUGAUGACGACCAUAGCUAUGUGUUGACCAACUGCCCUGCGUUAUGUAGUCUGUGCGUCUCAAUUCAAGAUCCAGGCUAUACGUGCGAUCCUGCCACGGAUGCACCUGCGACUGUUGCAGCCACUGUUGCAGCCACUGUUGCAGCCACUGUUGCUGCCACUGUUGCUGCCACAGACGCACCUGCAACAGACGCACCGGCAACCAACGCAGCAACCAACCCGCCCACCGCUCCGGCAAUCGCCACGACGGUUGGAGUCGCCACUACACCGUGCCAAGUUUCUUGCGAUAACGGCGGGACUUCAGAUUCCUCUACGUGCGAAUGCAUGUGCACAUCCGAGUACCAAGGCGACACGUGCCAACAUGAACGUGAGCAGGCGCGAUUCGGCGUGAUCGUCAUACUGUUGGCUGAUAUUGCAUAUUGGGACUACAUCAAACCUUACCUGAUUGAUUUCGUCGCUUAUAUCUUGACGUCCUUCUGCAAUGACAGAUUUCAGCUGUGCUGUCCUGGUAGUGGCAACAAAAACACGACGGCAAGGCUCUCUUUCGUGAACGAGUCCCACAUUGUGACAGCCAGCGGCUACCCCGAGCCCUACCCGGACGUUACCGGCGCGUUUGUUGUCAUGUUCCUGGUCACUCCGCCGGCUACCACGGAGCUGUGCUAUCAGGGUGGCACGGUCGUGCCUUCGUCUCGCCGGCGGCGGGCCGUGCAGAGCGCCGCGGCGGAGGACUGGACGUGGCCGCUCAGGAUCCACAAGAGAGCCGUUGGCGACGGUCCCUACCUGGACCAGGAUGUUCUGCUUGAAGCUCUGGAGGAGAACAUGGAGAACCUGACCAUGGCUCUCUCCGGCCUGAACGUCAGCGUGUCCGUGCAAGGUAUCGCAGCUGGGCAGGAGGAGCCUGUCGUCACCCAGGCCCCGUCCACCUCGGCCUCCCCGGUGCCCACCGGUCUGCCCGUCGCUGUCAUUGUCGCCAUCGUCGUGGUCGUCGUUCUCGUCGUGGUCAUUGUCGUCGUUGCCAUUGUUAUAUUCCUCAAGUUUUCCAAGUCGGCAAAGGUUGAUGCAAUGAACAACGAAAAACCAGAAAACGCAGGAGGCCGUGAAAACUACGGAAUGACAGAAACAGAUCCAAAUGCCUAGCUGUCUGGCGUCCCGACGUCGUACGGUGAAGAGGAACGGCAGACAGCCUUAUGCCAAUAAUUACUAAGGUUUUUGAAAUAUCGCUCCAUCCGGCUUCAUCUCUUGAUUUCGAAUAAAAAAUGAAAUGUAAAUACUCUGAACUUUGAUCUUAAUGUGUACAUAAAUUUAGCAGAAUAUUUGCCAAUAGUGAGCCAGAAAUCUAUGAAACCUGCAGCUGGGGAAGAGGCCGAGGCUUCAAAAACCCCUCAAUUAAACUGAUGUUCUCUAUGCAAAAAGACCACCAUAACAGAUCGCGUUUGUCCGACUGAUGAAGUAGGCUUUUCUACCGUACAUGUAUCAACUCAAAAUGGGAAUUACAAAUGUGUGUGUCGUACAUUUAUAUAAAUAACCAUAUAUCCCUAGGCCUUUUUGUAAGGAUGUAGCCUCAAUCCUGCAAAAUCCUCCAAUCGGCCUCAUGGAAAAAUAGCAUAUAGCCUCAAUCCUGCAAAUUCCUCCAUUAUUUCUUGAAU